CGGGAAUCCCAGAUUCUGAGUGUUACUGUGGGACUUGUCAAAUCCGAGUCGCCAGUUGAAUACCUUCGUGGCCGCCAAGAGUUGUGCUCCGCUUUCGGGAAUGCUUUUUUCGUCCGCGCCGGGCCGUGGCCGGUUCUUCCAAUGGCGAGCGGCAGCAUACCUCAAGAGGUCCUGGCACCCGUGCUCGAGUCCUUGGGUACGUCGCUCGCCCAUGUGCUGCCUUGUUGCCAGAGCCUUGCUUCAGCUGCCUUGCAAGGCGAUGCUGCAGCAUUUCAGCCGUUGGCGCGGUGCAGAUCAAUGCCAAGCCCGGGACAUGUGGGGAGUGACUUUGAGUGGGGGCGCUGUGGGCGUGUGGCGCGUGCACGCCGCCCGAAGUGUGACUGGAGAGACAUCGCCAAGGCCAUGACCGUUGCAGACCGCGGCCAGUGGUCAGAGGUGCCGACCGCCGGCGCAGUGCCCUCACAACGGCAGUCCUUAGCGCUGUGUGGGGCCACUGCACGGAGCGAGAAGGUGAUCCUCUUUGGAGGCAACACGUCCCGACGUGUGGCGGGCAGCUGGGAGCCCUCACGAACGUUGUGCUUGGUGGACUUGCCGAAUGAGCAUGGCAGUAGUGUCCACUUCACCUCCAUCGACACCAAAGAGCCCUGGCCAACUGCUCGCUGGGGCUCCACCUUGACGCAGACCACCACGGGCGCCCUUCUCUGGGGCGGGUGGAGCAGACAUGGCAAUUCUCAACCUUGGAUGCUCCGAUUCCGAGAAGCCUGCCCCGACUGGACCGAGUUGCCCAACACCACCGGCCCAUGGGCAACAGCCUUCCACACGGCCACAGGCCUUGAAGACGGCAAACGUGUUGCGAUUGUGGGUGGGCUUGGAGAUGGCAGCUCACACGAUGGUGUUUGGACCUUCCACGCCGACACCGGUCGUUGGACUCACUGCUCCGGUGGCCCGGCGCCCGCGGGGCACGUGGCGGCGCUGGAUGCGGACGGGCAGCGGCUGCUGCUGAGCUUUGGGGUCCGGCGCUCACCGGAUUCUUUGAAUGGCGACAGCUUCUUGGAGACGAUGAAUGUCUUUGACCUCAGGAUGAACCGCUGGGACGACCUUUGGAAGGACAAGGUGCAAGUGAACAAACCUUGUGCACGGCGGAAUCCGGCUGGUGCGAGCAUCGGUCGAUACUUCAUCAUCUCGGGUGGCUACAGUGAAGAAGACUUUUCCACGUUGAACGAUACCUGGGCCUUUGACAUGCGACGGGGCACCUGGAAGUUGCUGGACCUGAACCACGCGCCUCCGGUCGAAGGGCACAAGGCGAUCGCCAGUGGUUUGGACCUUUUCACCUUUGGUGGCCACCGGCUGCGACACUUCGAAGGGCCACACGUGUCUGUGCACAAGCUGGCCUUAUGUCAAGGCCCCGACGGAGAAGGCCCUGGGCCGACCAGCUCUCUUUGUUCCAAGCUUUUCGAUGAUGGGCACAGCGAUGGCAGCCUGAUCACUGACAUGUCGUCAUCAGGUGAAAGCGGGUGAAAGCGGCAAUUCACUGAGAAUGCCAUUCACUUGGUUCUCC